CGACGUGCGAGCAGCUGCGAGCAGCGAACAGUCGGCCGCUCUGCCGCCGGUGCUUGUCUCUCCCGUAAUAGAAUAUUGUAUACUCGAGGGUGUGCGCGCGCCCCCUUUCUCUCAUGUGUGUUUUCCGUUGCUCAUGAGAGAGGCAUAUCGCAGAGACUGGAGAACAAGUCGCCUCGUCAGUGAUUGACUCGAACUACUCCUAUCCUUCUUUAUCUCUUCUUUGCCCUCGCUACACUGUGUAUGGUAUAUGUAGAACUGCACGCACUGCAUGUGGACGAGCGGGAGAUUGUUUCGAGGAUCGAGAGUGAACGAAAGAGGGGUGUAAACAAACGCAGUUCGAUAAAUAAAAUGCCAAAGUCUGUUUAGCAAACGCCGAAACGACCUAUGUACGUGAAUAUAGUAAUAACGCGCGACACGUGGGGCAUUAUUUCACUGUUCUCUGUGUAGGGAGUAAUGUUAGAUGGAUGACGGAGUAAGCGUAACAACGUGUACUUAGAUUCCUGUAUCAAUCGUUAGCCGUCGAAGAUUUUCGCCUACGCAACGCUAAGACCACAUUGACAUUCCGUAAGCUGAGUGAUACAUAAACAAUUAUCCGUUCAAACAAAGUGAGACUCGCGCGAGCAUCGCUCCUCGUCAACUGUAUUGUAGAAUUUCAAAAAGCGCGUAAAAAUAACCAGCGCAAGAUGUCCGGAGUACUGCAGCAAACGUCCCCGAGUCCGUCGAGGUCGAUCAAGAAGUAGAGGGAAGAAACUGCUGAAGAAGUAAGCAAGAGUGCGCGCAGCGCGUUAAUUCUCGCCAGCAGGAGAACCGGCAGAAGUCAGUCUCGCAAACUCCCGCAAAAAGUCUGGCGGAGCAAAGAGCAUGGAAUAGAAGCUAUCAGCGUCACUGGGAGUUUACACACAGCGCGCGAAAGCCGAGCCAGAGUCAUCAGCGGCGCGAGGAGUGGCUGUAAGGAGAGUCGCGGCAAAAAGUAGCGAUGAAGAAGUUCUAAAAUGAGGCGGAGGCUGCAGCAGCGGGUGAGCUCCUCGUCGACGCACCAGCGAUGGGAUCGAGCAGCCGAGCAGCGACGAUUUCGCGGUCGUCGGACCGAGCCGGAGGCGCCGCCGCGCUCGCGUGAAUCGAGAUAAGAGCUCGUGGAAGAGCGAGAGAGAAAGCUGGUGCGUGUCGUCGCGCCCGCCUCUCGACGCAUCCUCAUGCAUCAUCGAUCGAGUAAUAGUGCAGGCGAGCUGGUGCUAAAUUAGUGGGACGCUUCUAUUAGGAGAAAGAGAGGACGACCCCAACAGCGGCAGCAGCAUCAAUAGAAGGCCUCUGUGCUUUCGUCUCGCACCAUUUCGCUACGUAGAUCGAUAAGACCCGUGGAUGGCAUUAGACACGCUUCUCGUCGAGAAGACAGUAAUCCGUUGGAUUCGCACUGCGUCUCGAGUAUCUCGACGCUUCCGUCAGGCCGCUAGAAACGGAAGCGGGGAAAAAAGGUGGGAUAUCGAGAGACGACUGCGUCUGUGAAGCAGAAAAGGAAGCCACAGCAGCAGCGAAACGAGUGAAAAAAGAAGACGAGAGGAAGGAAAAGGCGCGCGGCGAGGAUGGCGGCGUUGAAAGGCAAUGCGAAGCGAGCUAUCGAUCGAGUCGUUUAAUAAAGAUCCGUCCCUCGGUGAUUCAAAUUUCCCGCCAGUGACGUCCAAGUCGAAGAGAUGGAGAGCCGUCCGAGCGACGCGACGAUACCGAGGCUCCUGCUCGAGAGCAUCGGCGAUCGACCUCCCGACGAAUUCAACCGCAAUACCAGCAACAUCAUCGCCAACAGCUUCCACGCAACUCGCGACGACAGCAACAGCAGCAGUCUCGAUCUGGAUUUCGGCUGGCUCAACGACGCAAACAACAACAACUCGCUGCCGGGCAAUGGCGCGGCUCUGGCGGGGUCCAACGACUCGGCGGACGGCAACUUCACCAACAUCUCCGACCUCAUCUUCGACGACCUCAACGACUACAUCAACAAGCUGAACUACAGCGCCCUCGCAAAUCUCAGCACCUACUACGAUCCCGAGCUGGACUUGUUCAACUCGAGCCUGGCCAACGUCAGCUGCGCUCUCGGCAAUGACAGUUUCGGCAACUACAGUGGUGAGUGCAGUGCUACGAUCGAGAAAGUCGAAGACGCGAAGAACUGGUGGGCCCUGAUACUCGUGAUCGUGCCGUUCCUCACGAUCUUCGGUAACGUGCUCGUGAUACUGGCUGUGCAGAGGGAACGGACUUUGCAGACAGUCACUAAUUACUUCAUCGUCAGUCUCGCCGUCGCUGAUCUUCUCGUCGCCAUGGUCGUCAUGCCCUUCGCCGUUUACGUUCUGGUUUACGGGACUUGGACCUUGCCCGGAGUUGUGUGCGACUUUUACAUAGCAAUGGACGUGAUGUGCAGCACCAGUUCGAUUUUCAAUCUGGUGGCGAUUUCCGUAGAUAGAUAUUUCGCGGUGACCCGGCCGAUAGAGUACUCGAAGCACAGGAACAACAGGAGAGUCUGGCUGACGAUACUGCUGGUGUGGGCGGUAUCGGCAGCGAUCGGCAGCCCGAUCGUUCUCGGCCUGAACAACACUCCCGAUCGUUUGCCCGACCUCUGUCUCUUUUAUCACACCGACUUCAUCAUCUACUCGAGCCUAAGCAGUUUUUAUAUACCUUGCAUCACAAUGGUCUAUCUCUAUUACAGGAUAUUCAACACGCUUCGCAACAGGGAGAAGAAGAAACGCGCUAAUCGCAAGUCGAACAUGGGCGACGCCAAGUCCGGCUGUAUAAUAGAGAACAUAGCUAAUACGAGGAGUGGAUAUUCUGUGGCAAGGUUCGCCGAGACGGCGCUGGGCGCUGCGGCCCUCGUCGCGCCGGGCAUCGAGGAGCCAACGAACACGGCGUCGGGCAGCAACGAGGACGAGGACGAGACGCCCCUCGACCCCGUCGUCGUCAUCUCCAACGACAAGAGCACCGAGUUCAUUCUGGCGACCGUCGUCGAGGAGGCUGCAUGUCGGUUCGGCGCAGUGGCCCAGGCGCAGCUGAGCACGGGCAGCAUCAUCCGCAAGGACUCGGGCUACGACCCGGGCGCGAGCAGUACGAUGCUGAGCGACGCGGUCGAGGUGACGGUGGAGAACUCCAGUCCGAGUCCACAGCCGAAGGCGGCCUCGGGACCGUCCUCCUCGACGUCCUCCUCGCCGCCGCGGGCUUCCUCGGCUCUCUCCUCGCAGCCGAAGAAGAACGGCAGCGCUCCCAGCAGGCAAGAGCUCAAGCAGAUCAGGAACAUCGGCUCCUUGCUCUCUCUUCAGUUGGGCAGGUACAACCCAGCGAGCGUGCCGGCAGCGAGUGGCGCGACGUGUGUGAGCACCGUGAGUACCGUCAGCGUGGGCGGCGGCAGUAAGAAGGAGCGGAAGAACGAGCCGUCAGCGUCGACCGGCUCGCGCUUCAACCUGCGCAAGGCUAACAAGACCAGCAAGAAGAAGGGAGACAAAAUCUCGGCGAAGAAGGAGCGCAAAGCCACCAAGACCCUCGCCAUUGUUCUUGGUGUGUUCCUCGUCUGCUGGGUGCCGUUCUUCACCUGCAACACCAUGGAUGCCUUAUGCUCCAAGAUGAAAAGUGACUGUCAGCCGGGCGUCACGGCGUUCAUCGCGACAUCCUGGCUCGGCUAUAUGAACAGCUUCGUCAACCCCGUUAUCUACACCCUCUUCAAUAUGGAAUUCCGUAAGGCCUUCCGCAAGCUCAUCAGCCCAUAAAAGUUGUCUAAAUGACCGUCGACACACAGCUGCCGCGUUCGAUCAGUACCUACAAUAAAUUAUCGCCCUCGAUAAUGACAGUGCGAUGAUAGUUGUGAAAGCGCCGCACUAUAAUGCUGCUAAGCGGUACUCGAUAUUCUCAACACCAACGAACAUGUGCCACUUCCUCGUUUUCAGUUCUGCGUGUGUGUGUGUGUGUAUGCAAGACGUACGCAAAUUUUGUUUAAACUUGAUUGAAUAAUUUUUCAUUCGUGCUCACUAUUACUGUGUACAUUAAUCGAGCUUAUCGUAGAUUGAAAUCAAUGCUCGUUUUUCUUUGAAAAUCAAAGCCGUCCGAAAGGUAAGACGAAUUUAUUUUUUCGGGUUCUAAUUCAACCACACUGAUGUUGCAAGAAGAUCGGCAAUGCAAUGGCUAUCGCAGUCUUGAUAUCGUCGUCGCACGAUGUUUCAAUGAGAUUUUAUUUUAAAGAAAUUAUAUGCGGAUUAAAUAAGGCAAAAUUAUAAAAUCACAUUUGUUUUAAACGUUUAACACGGCAGAAAAAUGCUUCAAACCGUCACAGUAUUAUUAGAUAAUUAAGAUGUUGGAUAAUAUAUUUAUUCUAGAACGAAAUAAUUUAAUUCAACUAUACAUUCGUUUUAAUACGCGGCAGGCGUUACAGCUAUUAUUAUAAUCAUUGUUUUACUAAGAUACCAUCUGUUAAGAUAUUUCUAGAUUUUAUAAUAAAUAAGUCUGACUAUAAUAAUAUUUCAUUCAAGCUUAUAGAGUAAAAACAUCACGGUAGCUCGAUUUCUUCCAGAAAUAUGAGUUAUCGAUACUUAUUGAUUGAUAUAUUAAGUUUUUAUAGAAACGUUACCAUCAGCAGAGGUAAUAAUUUGUUGAAUUGUUUGUUCUCUUCCGCUAAGUAUUUUUACUUUCAUCAAGAUAUACCUACUCAAAAUUUUUUUAAUUUCGCAAUAAAUAUAUAUAACUGACUCAUAUCCAUGCGUACUAAAGAAAGUAUCUGGCAUACGGUUCUUGUAGACAUUCUGUCUCCUACUAACGAAUUUGCUUUGUAUGUUUAUUUUGAUAAAAAUGUUGAACUAUUCGAAUUUUAUAUGAUAUGUUAUGCGUUUGUAUAUUUGGAGUAUAUAUUUUGCUGAUUUAAUACUUCUUCGUUCUCUUCUAAUAUUAUUUUUUGGUAUCUAAUUUUAUUUAGUUUCGCGUCUAAAAUAAUAAAAGAAAAAUAAAUUUGUCCAAGUAUAUCAUAAUUAAGUUAUUAUUUUUCAUUUUUUAUUUUGAUAGAUAGAUUCAAAACAUUUUUUUUUUCCAAAACUAUGUAUAAUUUAAGUGAACAAACAUUUUAGUGGCAAACUUAAUUCAUCCAUCUUCUAUAAUUCCGCUAAGUUGAAAUAGAAAAUGGUCAAGUUGUGUAAAGCGAUUGAAGGCAUAUAUUCUUGAUUAAACACUCGUGUAAAGAGUUUGAUUAGUUCUUUUUUCUUAAUAAAAUAAUUUGUGUACUCGUGUGGUUUACUACGCGACUUCUCCCAUUACCGAAUUUCAAGACAUAUCAGAGCAAUUUUUUGACAUUUAAAGACAUAACAAUGAAACAAAUUUCCGAGAUAAAUAUUUGAAGUCAACUGUGAAUUCAAUCAAUUAUAAGGAAUUCCAAAAAAAAAAAGAUUGGAAUGAAAUGAACUUGUACAGUGUGAAAAGACUACAUAAGCAAAUAAAUAGCCGUUUCUUAUUACAGCUGCAUUGUACAUUUACAGAUGUAUAUAACGAAGGAGUUGAAUGAAUUUAGAAGAAUAAGUUUUAAAUUAAAAAAAAAAUAGAAAAACCAGAUAAACACUUUUACUAUAUGUUCGCAAAUAUUGUGAGCGGCUAGAAUCUUUGAAAGUGUACAGAGUAGCUCGAUUUCAAGCUCGAGACCAUGGGUCAUUUUCUUUCGAUUUACUUUAAACAAAUAACAGUAUGGGUUUUAAAAAAUGUAUAAACAUAAAAAGAUAUAAUAAUAAAGUCAUCACCUUAUUCUUCAAAUAAGAUUAAACUGCACCCUGGAGAGGAAAUAAGAAAAUUUCCAAAGUUCAUAAAUUGUUUUCAAUCUUGCAAGCGUGUAAUAUUAGUAACGAUCUUAUCUACUUGACUUUAAAAAGUAGCUUAUACUCUGUGCCUUUUCAAGAUUAACUAUCGUAUAUUUUCGAUGAAAUGAAGUAACCACAAAACUGAUUUUUAAGUCAACAAAUAAGUAAUGCAGAUUAAACUAUUAAAGUUUGCCAAUUUCAAUCGAAUAGCAUAGCCGCAUAUCGAAACUCAUCUUGCUUUUGGUGUCCUCUAUCAUUAGUUUCGAAACAGUAUAGAAAUUGCUUUUUUCCCAUACAAUAGCGAGGAAAUGGCCAAAUUUGUUGCGAAUACAAUUGUAUGUAAAAAUAGUAAUAAAUACACGAAAAAAAUAAAAAAGUUACUCCCAUUUUUUAUUAUAUUUUAAUUGAUUAUAAAUUGUAUAAAAUUUCUAAAACUUUAAAUAAUAAACAAAGUUCUAUCGAGUUUUUAUAGAAUUAAAUUUGAUUUACCAUUUUGAUAACAAGUUUUAAUGUAUAAAUUAAAACAAAUAUGAACAACAAAGCUAUAUUUGAUUCAUUAUUUUUACUGGAAUUGCUUUAAAUUAAGCUAAUAAAAUUUAAUUGGGAGUGGCUUUGAUAAUAGCCAAAGAAAAGAAAAAGGUUUUUAAACCUGUGAAAAACACGUUGGUUGUAAUGUAUACAUAUAGAAUAAAAUCGACAAUGUUCAUAGAUAAGAAAAAACGUCUUCUGUAUAUUAUUUCGAUAAUUUUGAAAGUUAGAAAAUAAGUGAGCGCAAGAGAAUUUUACUACUUCACCUUGUAAGAAUCGCUGUAUUUUUCUAACCCGAUACGUUCAUUUCUUGUAAAUAACUUUAAGCGGCGUAAAAUUGACUCUUUAAAUUUACUGCGAUGCGUGAAUAUGUAAAAAAAAAAUUAGUUCUACAUGUACAAAAUGAAUGUAUGAGAAACAAAUAGCAUAGUUUACGGAGAACCUGAUACGUGUAAAUACAUUCUAUGAAUAGAAUGUGUGAGAGUAUGUGAAAUAUUGACAUUUAUAGGUAGUGCAUAGACAAAUUUCUGGUGACUCGUCACUGAGCCCAGAGUCAAUCAGAAAUUUGUGGGCGUAUUAAAGAUUUGACCACUUCAUUUCCUUUUAAUCUAUAGAGGAGGUGCAGUUGUCAAGGUUAUGAAAUUUCUGUAAAAAUUGUUUGAACUGUUGUAUAAAAAGAAAAUAUUAAAAAUGUUAUUUAUAAUAUAGAUUAGUGUAAUUUAACGAAACGUUGAUUAUAUGAUAUUUUUAGAAAUUUAUUGGUUAUGUAAAUUGUAUUAACUAUAAAAAAUUUAAUUGAUAAAGAAAAAUCGUAUAUUAAUUGUUGAUAUUCUAUAGAAUUUUUAAUAGUUUCUUUUUAUGCAAUCGAAUAAGUGCGCAGCAAAUUAUUACAGUAUGCAAAUGAGAAAAAGUAAUAAUGAAAAAAAAGCUUGCGUUUAAUUGCAAUGGCGAAGCGUAUGUACUUUGUUUUCAAUGGAUUUUCUUAUUCAUUGUCGUACUAAUGGUCUAUACAGGGCAUAGGUCUUAAGUCGCGUCUUUUUUUUUCGUUUCGCGAGAAAAUAUAAAGUAUAAAAAUAAAUAAAAUAAAAUGACAAAACGUGCAGUGUAAAAAAACGUUUUGCGAGAAAUAUAUGGACGGAGCCAAGAAAAAUACUGUAAUCGUAGUAAGAGAACAACGUCGUUCUAUGAAAGACAAACAAACUUGUAAAAUCAUGCAAACAGUGAACAGUAGGAUAUUCACGCGUAACACACACACACACACACACACACACACACACACGCACACACUCUUUCACACGUUAACACAAACACAGUACGAAAUACAAACCACACCAAAACAAAAGAUUGUUACAACUAAUAAAUUAUAGAAUAAGUUAA